GCCAUUUGUUCAAACCUUUGUAAAUUUUAAACUCCAAAAACCCAUCCCAAAAAGAACCAUAGCCAGAAGGGGCCUUAUAGCCACAGUUGCAGGCCCCGUCUGCUCCAUUUCUAACAUGUAAAAAACACAUUAGGAAACUUAGAAGAAAAAGUUACCUCUUUCGGUCUUUUGAGUUUUGUGUAUAAAGAAAACCACAAAGAAAUGGCGUUGGAUGAGGACAAGAAACAGAAAUGCCUCGUCGCUGGUAGUGUCUCGGCUGUGCUAGUGAUCAUGGUUGCCUCGGUAGCUGUCAUAACAUCUAAAAACUCACCCAAUGAUAAUCAGAUCAGGCAAACCACCAAAGCCGUUAAAGCAGUUUGUGCACCUACUGACUACAAAGAUAUAUGCCUCAAAAGUAUAAUGGACGCUUCUCCCAACUCCACAGAGCCUCUCGAACUCAUCAAGCUUGCCAUCAACGUCACUAUCGAAUCCAUCAACCAGGGCCUCAAGAAAGCCUCUAUAGAUGUUAAACCCAAGACUGAUGAAGACCCAGAAGCAAAAGAUGCUUUUGAGCUCUGUGAGAAGCUAAUGUUUGACGCUAUUGAUGAUCUUAAAAAAUGUGUUAACCGUGGGUUCUCAGCUACUCAAAUUGUAGGCUUUGUUGAGGAUCUUCGGGUUUGGCUAAGUGGUGCCAUUGCUUUCCAGCAAACCUGUAUAGAUUCCUUCAAGGAGAUUAAGUCUAAUACUCUUAUGAUUGACAUGCGCAAAAUCUUCAAACCAUCAAAAAGGCUUACCAGCAAUAGCCUCGCCAUGGUUACUGAACUUUCCACCAUUCUCCCAAAUUCCAACGUCACAGGACUAACAAAAGCUCUUUCGAAAUACGCCAGAAAGCUUUUGAAUACAGAAGAAGAUGGUAUCCCAACAUGGGUUAGACCAGAGGUACGGAAGCUCAUGGAAGAAGAAGCACCAACAAAAGAAUUAGAGGCACAACCACCACCACCACCACCACCAGCGAAAACUGAUGCGGUGGUGGCUCAAGACGGAAGUGGACAGUUCAAGACAAUCGCCGAGGCUCUAAACUUUGUUCCCAAAGACAACAGUCCAUUCAUCAUCUACAUCAAAACGGGCAUAUACAAGGAGCAAGUAAAGAUCACAAAGAAAAUGCCUUACGUCACUAUGAUAGGUGAUGGACAAAACUUGACCAUAAUUACCGGCAGCCUCAACUUCGGCAUCGGAAGAGUCAAGACUUUCCUAACAGCCACAGUCACAAUCGAGGGGGAGCACUUUACAGCGAAGGCCAUCGGGAUCGAGAACACGGCAGGACCAGACGGACGCCAGGCGGUGGCGAUGAGAGUCUCAGCGGACUACGCCGUGUUCUACGAAUGCAAAUUCGACGGUUACCAAGACACUCUAUUCGUCCACUCCCAACGCCAAUUCUACCGCGACUGCACCGUCACGGGAACCAUAGACUUCGUCUUCGGCGACGCCAAGUGCAUCCUCCAAAACUCCGUGAUCGUCUUCAGAAAGCCCAAGAAAGGCCAGACGUGCGUCGUGGCCGCUCAGGGGCGCAGCGACAGGCACGAGUCCACGGGGCUGGUGUUCCAGAACUGCCACGUAACGGGAGACGAGGAGUACAUGGCAAUUAGGCCCGCGAAGAAGUCGUUCCUAGGGAGGCCGUGGAAACGGUUCUCGAGGACGAUCAUGCUGAUGUCGGCGCUGGAUGACGUGAUCGAUCCGGACGGGUGGCUUCCCUGGAAAGGUGAGUUUGCGCUGAAGACGCUGUACUACGCUGAGUAUCUGAGUGGUGGGUUUGGAGCGAAUGAUAGCCUUAGAGUUAAAUGGCCUGGUGUCAAGAAUAUAACGGCUGAAGAGGCGCAGUUAUAUACUGGAGGUAGGUUCUUAGGUGGUGACUCGUGGAUCCCUCAUACCCAAGUUCCGUACAUUGCCAACUUGUAGGAGAUUAUUACAAUUUGUACAUGGUUUUUUUUUUUUUUUAAAUGUGUUCUACUGAAACUGUGUUAGAGUGAAGUACCUAAGUUGAACUGAUUAGUGGAUAGAAAUAAUUAAAUAGUGUGUGUACCUUAGUUUACAGUUGCGAGUAUUUAGAAUUUUGAAAAUAUGUGGAUCACUUCUGUUUUGAGAAAUACAUUCAAGCAAAAAUACUUUAAGUCUUUUUCUUUUUUUAUUAGGGAAAUUGGGCUGUAUAACCUUCAAACAAAUUAUAAUUCAUUCACUACCUAAAACCCCUAACUCACCAAUACAACUUGCCUCUUAUAUGUAAGAUUAUCAUAUUGUCCCUCACAUGCAACUGGUGAAACCUGUAAGAAAAAAAAUUGAUUUAAUAAUAAUAAUAUUGAAGCAUAACUCGUGGCCCUUUGAAAAACACACACUCUUUCAUAUGUAAUUUAUUUUGGUGACUUUGCAAAAGAUGAAAGUCUUCUUCCCAGAUUUAUUCUGGAAUUGAUUUCUUCUCACAAGAAGGACAACCAAUUGUGGUAAAUAAGCGACAACUGUUAAGGCGUACACGGUGAGUAGACAAACCAAUUCUUUCAUUUAUUUUUCUCCUUCUCUU